CUGCUUUCAAAAUAACCAGCCGUUUUUCUGAUGCAUUGCUUUGUUCGAGACAUAACCGUUUUCUAACGCAAGCAGCAAACCUGUAUCAACUUUCCUUUUCUCCACUGUUUGCACUCCAGAGGAAGACAUACCACAUUGCUGAAAGCACCGAUAUUUUAAGGUUGGGCCUAGGGUGGAGGCGCGGUUCAUUAGAGGGUGGAGCAGCUCGGUGCGUGAGGGCUGGUGGACUAACGCGGUUGGCUUCGUCAAGCAGCUUGCGUCUAUCUCUGUGUUUGGUCAAUGCAAGUGGAAGUUUCAUCUACACUCUUCCUUGAGUCUUGGGAUCUCAUCACGCUCCUGGAUUUCAGAAAUAUCAGCAAGGAGUCUCAGUUGCAGCUCAAUACAUGACGAGAAAUGAUUGACUCAGUCAAAGUAAGAAGACAGUGCAGCUUGGAUUUUUACUCUCAUUAUGAGCACCUCUGUGCAAUUCAAGGCUGUGCCCCUCUACAAGCUGUAAAAGCUAGAAAGCUUCAUGGAGUUCUUGAUAUAAGUGCAGAUCGCAUCAAAGCUGCUGAUUGGGUACCACUUCUAAAUGCUGUGAGGCACAAUAAAACUUUGACAUCUAUUGCCAUAAAGAGCAUUCAUCAUCAGGGACUUGGAGACUCAGGUGUUGAAAGACAAGGAACAUACAUAAGAAGAAGAAUUCCAGCAAUUCGAUCCAAAGAUUUGACUGGCCAACUGUGUAAAGCAAUCAAGGGUUGUCUGGUGAUAUCAAGUGCCCUGGUAAAUUUGGAACUACAGGGACUGCUUUUGAGGGGAAAAGACUUAAUAUUAUUGACAAAAGGGUUGGCCAACACGUCAUCUUUAGAGAGACUGUCUUUAGCAGACUCACCAAUUGGUGACAGAGGCUUGGAAAUAAUUUGUCAGAGUGUGAGGAAUUCGGUUUUUAUCAAAUCUAUAGAUUUUACAGGGUGCAGUCUGACAUGGCGAGGAGCAGAGCACAUGGCCAGCAUCUUAAAGCACCAAGCAAUGAAACGACAUGGUGAAGCUUGGGCUGAGAGCCUGCGCUAUAGAAGACCUGACUUGGAUUGCAUGGCUGGCUUAAGACGCAUCACUCUCAACUGCAACACACUUAUUGGUGACCGAGGCACUACUAUUUUAGCUGAAUGCCUUGGAGAAGACCUGUGGCUAAAAGCACUUGAUUUGCAGCAAUGUGGGAUUACCAAUGAGGGGGCAAGAUCACUUUUGGAUGCAUUUAAGACCAACAGAACAGUAGUAGUUGUGGACAUCAGAAAAAAUCCUUUAGUAGAUCAUGCUUUAAUGAAGAAAAUUGUUGAAAAAGUUCUGAUGAAUGCAAAGGGAACUAAUUUGGAGUACAAGUGGCUUCCAUCUCCAUCCUCAAAAGACGUUAAAAAUAAACCUAAAAAAAGAACAGUUAUCUUAGGAAAUGGCAGAAAAGGAAAAGCUACUAUUCGUAUUGGAUUUACAUCAAAAAAGUCCUUAAGUCCUGGUAAGACAACUUCAUGUGAUCAAGACAGCUAUGCUCCAAAACCAUUGCCUCCAGGUGCACAUGGCUUCCUGCCUUGGCGUACUGCUGAACGUGCAAAACACCACAGGGCUGUAUCUAGGAAGAGUACUCAUGAAUUUCCAUUGCAAAUCCAGGGUGGUAUUCCUGUGAAAGUUACUGUGGAAAGUGCUUCUACAUCUGAAACUGAGACAGAUGGUGCCAUAGAGGAUGUUAUGUGUGAAACUGCUGCUACAAAGUCUGCAGAAAUAAUUAACUUAAAACAAUUCCAUCAGUUACAGAUGGAUUAUGAAGAAUGUCAGUUAAAAUUAAGAGAAGAACGAAAAGCAAGGGCAGCUGCUGAAGAUCGGAUAAUUGAGUUGGAAGUAGAAAACACUCGCCUACGGAAUCUAAAUUGCUCUCUAUCAGAGGUUCUCUAUGCACAGUCAGUAGCCAGCACAAUUCUUGAAGAUGAAGGAGUUUUGGGUAGCAUUGAGAGCUCUUUCCAAAAAUUUCAUGCUUUUUUAGAUCUUCUCAAAGAUGCUGGACUUGGGCAGCUUGCAGUGAUGGCUGGUAUAGAUCAAUCAGACUUUGGCUUAUUGCACCAUCCUCAGAUGAAUUCUACUCUAACUAAGUCAGCGAUAACACAAAGGGAGAAGUCAUUUGAAGAAGAAAGACAGGAGCACAUGCAGAAUUUCAAAAAUGCUGGCUCAGCUGUUCUUCCUGGUCCUGUCUGCCUCCAGGCUGAUUUUGCUCCAAUACAAGUUGCAAAUAAUGUCCUACCUGCUACAACAAAAGUUCAAGAACUUCAGGUGAUUGGGCAGCUCCAGCAAAGUUUAUGGCAAGACACUGAAGGUAAACUUGAGAGUUGGAGAAUGGAACAAAAUGCAUCAAAAAUCAGCCAGCCACAAUCUGCUGUGGAAUUGGAAGCAAGAGAGUCAUCUGUGAAGCAACCAGUUGUUAGUUGGCAUUCAGUCUCUGAUCCCAGUGUAAAUGUGUAUAGUAACAAAUUCAGCACUCUUGCUAGUGAAAAUGGUAAAGUUUCUUCAAAAAGACUUCCCUAUACUAAAAGGUUUGUUGCUGGAGGAGAUCAAAGUAUACUUCAGACUGACAUUUCUAGAAAUGACACCAUAGGAUCUGAUUCUGAAAUACAAGAAAGCAUCCAUUCUAUUUGAAAUGUUUGAAAAAUCCAUUCCUGUUAGUUCACUGCAUGGAUCUUGGAGAAAAAUGCAUGCUUCAAAAACUUAUGCAACACUCAGUGGGUGUAUGUGAUGGCUAUCUUCUUGCUAUAUAAAUCUGAGCAAGAAUACUUGCUGGCAGUAUCCAAAAGGAUUGAUUGUGUAUUUUACUUUCUAUAUGGUUUUAUAAAGGAUCCCACGUGAUUCAGAUAUACAAGAUAAUACUCUAAUGUGAGUAAAGUUUUAAAUAACAGAGUGCUGAGAGAAUAAAAUGAUUUUCUUUUCAUUUCUAGUGUGUCUAAAAAUUAUUUUGAUGACAAAUUAUUUUGAUAACAAGUUUAAUGCCUGAUGCUGUGUAGGGUAUUCACAAAUUAAAUAUCUAUUUCUAUUGGAAUCAAAUACAAAAAUUAAAAUGACUGCCUUUUUUAUCAUUGUAGUUAUCAUUUUUUGACAGAAGUGUAACUUGUCUUUAAACAAAUCAUACAAAUUAAACUCAAUAUUUCAAGGGUUUUUGUUUUUCAUUUUAACCAGCUGUGGAGAUUCUGUAAAGACAAUUGAUGCCUGAACAGUGUUCAGUUUGCAUCCAGUCACGAUCAGGGUGGAUACUACGUGUGACAUGAUUAGGUUGGUGCUAGCAGAGAUGAAAUGGCAAAGGGAUUUGCCAUGCAAUACAUGUUUGCAUCAGUCUUACAAUUGAGUUUUUGUAUGGGAUAGAUGGGAUGCCUGUUGAAUGUUGAUGAAGGUACUCAAAAUACCACUAAAUAACAACAAUUUUGCCUGUACGAUUUACCAAAAGAUUGAUAGGCUUUAGCUGGUCUGAAAAUCUGUGGAGUUAAGGUGUAGCUGCUGGCUUGUAUUCUAC